AUGCAGAAGUUAACCAAUGUCGAGUCGCAGCGCAUGAUGGCAGUCAUGGGCGAUCUUCUGGAUCGCCUCAACUACCUCACGUAUGUGCCACUUGAGCCGCAAAACUCGCUUCUUGAAUCGCUGCGUGAGAGUCGUUGCCUCAACUCUGCUGAGCUGUUACGUGAACAUUGGCGUUGGGAGCAGCUCUAUCAUCAGGCUACCCAAGCAAUGGACAAUCGUCAAGAUGACAUUGCUGAUCAAGUUCGAGUGACAGCAAGAGCUCUUUGUCGAGACCUGCGCGAAAAUCCAGUGGCUGUGGAGGUGCUAUACCAUAAGGGCACAACAGCUCACGAUCGAUCCGAGGACUUGCAAAUGCUGGUGAAGGCGUUGUCUGAGCUUACGGAUCUCACGCACACACAAUUGGACAAGACGUUGGAAGAUGCCAAAUCCAAAAAGGAGCUCAUGGCAGUGGCUGAAAGUCGCAUGAAGCAAGCGGAAGAUGAACGCUUGGCUAUUCGAGAGAAACUAACCGAGAUGCGGAAAACCAAGGAGGAAGAGGUGGCUCUAUUGGAUGCACAGGUGCAAAAGCUGCGAACCGAACUGCAUACGAUCAAUCAGACUGCUUCGCAUGAACUAACAAUGAUCGAGAGCGAUCUCAAGGAGGCACAAUCCAAGGCGCAUGACCAACACUCAGAAGAAAUGAAGACGUUGUUGGAUCAAGCUUCUGCGUUAGAGUUGCGAGCUGGUAAGAUGGUUCAGGAACAUCAGGAAGAAGAAGAUGCACUUCGCAAGAAGAAGUGUAAGAUGGCUGCCGAGGUUGCAGCAGUGGUGGAGAAGUUUGACAGUGAGAUGGAGGCCAUGGGAGCCGAACUAGUCGCACUGGAAGAGACCUUCCGGAAGGAACGCGAGCAAUGUGAGCAGUUCAAUGAACACUUUCUCAAGAUCGAUGAGGAGCAAUCUCGAAUUGAUGCCGAGGAGCACGUAUUGGAUGAAAUCCGAGCACGCGAGCGUGAGAAGCAAAUGAUGAUUUUCAACGCGGCUACCAGGAUCCAAAAGGUUUACCGCGGGGUUCUUUGCCGCCGAGAAUAUGCAAAGAUGGUCGCAAAGAACAAGAAAGGAGGUGGCGGCAAGAAAGGAGGCAAGAAAGGCAAGAAGAAGUAGAACCGGGCACUUUAAACUGGG